GGGGAGGCGGGAAACAGCCUAGUGGGUGUGGGGUCGCGCAGUUCCCUCAGCCAGGUGGUGGAGAGGUUCCGAAAUGGCGGUGCAGCCCAAAGAGACGCUGCAGCUGGACAGUGCAGCUGAGUUUGGCUUUGUACGCUUCUUCCAGAGCAUGCCCGAGAAGCCGACCACCACGGUGCGCCUCUUCGACCGGGGCGACUUCUACACGGCGCACCGUGAGGAUGCGCUGCUGGCCGCCCGGGAGGUGUUCAAGACCCAGGGGGUGGUCAGGUACAUGGGGCCAGCAGGAGCAAAGACUCUGGAGAGUGUUGUGCUUAGUAAAAUGAAUUUUGAGUCUUUUGUAAAAGAUCUUCUUCUAGUUCGUCAGUAUAGAGUUGAAGUUUAUAAGAAUAGAGCUGGAAAUAAGGCCUCCAAGGAGAAUGAUUGGUAUUUGGCAUUUAAGGCUUCUCCUGGUAAUCUUUCUCAGUUUGAAGAUAUUCUCUUUGGUAACAAUGAUAUGUCAGCUUCCAUUGGUGUUGUGGGUGUUAAAAUGUCUACAGUUGAUGGCCAAAGACAGGUCGGAGUUGGGUAUGUUGACUCCAUACAGAGGAAGCUAGGAUUGUGUGAAUUCCCUGAUAAUGAUCAGUUCUCCAAUCUGGAGGCUCUUCUGAUUCAAAUUGGACCAAAGGAAUGUGUUUUACCAGGAGGAGAGACUGCUGGAGAUAUGGGAAAACUGAGGCAGGUUAUUCACAGAGGAGGUAUUCUUAUCACAGAAAGAAAAAGAGCUGACUUUUCCACAAAAGAUAUUUAUCAGGACCUUAACCGGUUGUUGAAAGGCAAAAAAGGAGAACAGGUGAAUAGUGCUGUCUUGCCAGAAAUGGAGAAUCAGGUUGCAGUUUCAUCAUUGUCUGCAGUUAUCAAGUUUUUAGAACUCUUAUCAGAUGAUUCAAACUUUGGACAAUUUGAACUGACUACUUUUGACUUUCGCCAGUACAUGAAAUUGGAUAUUGCAGCAGUCAGAGCCCUUAACCUUUUCCAGGGUUCUGUUGAAGAUACCACUGGCUCUCAGUCUCUGGCUGCAUUGCUGAAUAAAUGCAAAACCCCUCAAGGACAAAGACUGGUUAACCAGUGGAUUAAGCAGCCUCUCAUGGAUAAGAACAGAAUAGAAGAGAGAUUAAAUUUAGUGGAAGCUUUUGUAGAAGAUGCAGAAUUGAGACAGAGUUUACAAGAAGAUUUGCUUCGUCGAUUUCCAGAUCUUAACCGACUUGCUAAGAAAUUUCAGAGACAAGCAGCAAACUUACAAGAUUGUUACCGACUCUAUCAGGGUAUAAAUCAACUCCCUAAUGUUAUACAGGCUCUGGAAAAAUAUGAAGGAAAACAUCAAACAUUGUUGUUGGCAGUUUUUGUGACUCCCCUUAUUGAUCUUCGGUCUGAUUUCUCCAAGUUUCAGGAAAUGAUAGAAACAACUUUAGAUAUGGAUCAGGAACUCUCCUGGCCAAUUUUCUGCAAAACACUGGGGGAAGGAAUCCAACGAAGGAAAGAUAAGACACAUGCCCAGUCAAGUUGGGGUGGCAUAAGGAAGGUGGAAAACCAUGAAUUCCUUGUAAAACCUUCAUUUGAUCCUAAUCUGAGUGAAUUAAGAGAAAUAAUGGAUGACUUAGAAAAGAAGAUGCAAUCAACAUUAAUAAGUACAGCUAGAGAUCUAGGUUUGGAAUCUGGCAAACAGAUUAAACUAGAUUCUAAUUCACAGUUUGGAUAUUAUUUUCGCGUAACGUGUAAAGAAGAAAAAGUCCUUCGUAACAAUAAAAACUUCAGUACCGUAGAUAUCCAGAAGAAUGGUGUUAAAUUUACCAACAGUGCUUUGACUUCUCUUAAUGAAGAAUAUACCAAAAAUAAAACUGAGUACGAGGAAGCCCAGGAUGCCAUUGUUAAAGAAAUUGUCAAUAUUUCUUCAGGCUAUGUGGAACCAAUGCAGACACUCAAUGAUGUGUUAGCUCAGCUAGAUGCUGUUGUCAGCUUUGCUCAUGUGUCAAAUGGAGCACCUGUUCCAUAUGUACGACCAGUCAUUUUAGAGAAAGGACAAGGAAGAAUUAUUUUGAAAGCAUCCAGACAUGCUUGUGUUGAAGUUCAAGAUGAAGUUGCAUUUAUUCCCAAUGAUGUUCACUUUGAAAAAGAUAAACAGAUGUUUCACAUCAUUACUGGCCCCAAUAUGGGAGGUAAAUCAACAUAUAUUCGCCAGACUGGGGUCAUAGUUCUCAUGGCCCAAAUAGGGUGUUUUGUGCCCUGUGAGUCAGCAGAAGUGUCCAUCGUGGACUGUAUCUUGGCUCGGGUAGGGGCUGGUGACAGUCAACUGAAAGGAGUCUCUACUUUCAUGGCUGAAAUGUUAGAAACGGCUUCCAUUCUCAGGUCCGCGACCAAAGAUUCAUUAAUAAUUAUAGAUGAAUUAGGAAGAGGAACCUCUACCUACGAUGGAUUUGGGUUAGCAUGGGCUAUAUCAGAGUACAUUGCAACAAAAAUCGGUGCUUUCUGCAUGUUUGCAACCCAUUUUCAUGAACUUACUGCCUUGGCCAAUCAGAUACCAACUGUUAAUAAUCUACAUGUCACAGCACUAACUACUGAAGAAACCUUAACUAUGCUUUAUCAGGUGAAGAAAGGUAUCUGUGAUCAAAGUUUUGGGAUUCAUGUUGCAGAGCUUGCAAAUUUUCCUAGGCAUGUAAUAGAGUGUGCCAAACAAAAAGCUCUGGAACUAGAGGAGUUUCAGAGUAUCAGAGAAUCACAAGAAAAUGAUGAAAUGGAACCAGCGGCAAAGAGGUGCUAUCUGGAAAGAGAGCAAGGUGAAAAAAUUAUUCAAGAGUUUUUGUCCAAGGUGAAGCAAAUGCCUUUUACUGAAAUGUCAGAAGAAAAUAUCAUAAUGAAGUUAAAACAGCUGAAAACUGAGGUGAUAGCGAAGAAUAAUGGGUUUGUAAAUGAAAUUAUUUCACGAACAAAGGUUACUACAUGAGAAAAUCCCACUGAUGGAAUGAAAAUAAUAUUGAUAAGCUAUUGUCUGUAAUACUUUUGUAUUGUUUUAUAUUAAUCCUUUUCCCAUAGUUUUGACAAUUGAUGCCCAUGGGAUAUCAACUUAAUAAAAUAUUUAGUAAUGCUUCACUCUACCUGAGUACAUUUUCACAGAUCUUUAUUUUGUAAAGUGAUAGUUUUUACUG